AUGACGCCGUCCAGUGGGCUCGAAACUGUUCUUCACCGAUUAGAAGAGCAGGCUGUGGAAUCCGAAUUCAGCAACAGUGCGGACAAAGACACGAAGCCCUGGCAUGUCAGGCAAGGGCCCUUUUCCAUCUUCCCCCAUGCCGCAAAGCUUGCAGAAGUGCGUCACCCAGAGCCAACAUUGCUGUCUAGGCCUAUGACGCCCUUCCCCAAUCUUGACCUUGCUUCGGCUUCAGCAUGGCUUGGUGGUGACCAAGCGAGCUGGGCCUCGACUGUAGGAGAGAAUGUUCUUGGACAUCAAGAUCAACCGACUGCGACGAUCGACGGCGACUUCUCUUUCGCCGAUGUGACAGAUAACUCCUGGUUUCUUGAUACUUCGGACCUGCCGUUGGCGAAUCCAUCAUAUGCUCAGGAUGUCCACCCGUUCCAAUUUCCGAAUACCCAUGCUUUCGACUGUGGGCAUCCUUCGGCAUCAUCCCUUCCAAACGGCUCACCAUAUCUGCCCCGGAACGUCCGUUUUCUGUUAUCUCACUAUACGACGCACGUGAUUGACUCGCUGUCAGCGCUGCCCCAGACCAAAGCGCCAUGGCGAGGCAUCCACGUACCCUGUGCGUUGACAGCAUACGGAGAGCUCGACGUACUGGGCCAUUCAAGUUUUGCACGCGUCUCCCUCCUGUAUAGUCUGCUUUCUUUGACGUGUUAUCAUCUGAGCUCGCUCUACGAGUCGGCCUCGCCGCAAGGCACGACAAACACUCCUUUGUUGGCAUCUUCCCGCAAAGACUCCACAGCCUAUCACUGGGAGAGUCAGGCACGGAAGUUCCGUGGGAUAGCUCGGACCGCAUUCCGCAAAUGUCUUCAAUCAAUAUCCACACAAACAGGGGACAAAGUCAAAUACAAAGAGCUACUGAUGAGCUCGAUGACCCUAGUCUGUGCGGGGAUUGUUGGUGGUGAUCCCUGGGAUGCAAGAUUCUUCAUCCUGCAAUGCGAAGAGAUUGUCAACAAGAUCGGGCGGACCAAACGGCGCUUUUCAAAAAAGGCUCUUCAACUUCACCGGAUAUUCGCGUUUGUCAGGGUCAUCGAGCAGACCACAUUCUUUCAGACAAAAGACCAGUAUCUGGACUCGCUCGACAAGAUUGCCAUGGGCCCGGACGAACUCGAACUUGUCAAGGCCGUUCCUGAGGAUGGCUUUGUCCUGUCAGCAACCCUGGCGUCAAACCACGAAUCGAUGUCCGAUUUGGGACUUGACGGGGAGGAGGAGGAUGCGUUCUUCGAGUUAUCCGGCUUUCCAGUCUCGUUGCUCAGACUCAUGGCUAGAACCAACAGUCUGGUGGAGGAGCUUGGGGCAUGCAAAGCCGGAGGGGCUCACCCAUUCAUGUCUGAAGACAUCAUCCCCAAGGCCGCGGCACUCGAGAAGGAGAUCUGUGCUUGGAGAGCGAACCCGAGUGGCAGCAAGGCCGAGUCCGCUGACGCAAGUUCCGGUCAUUUUCUUCCGUUCGUGGAUCUGAAUGGUGACAUUAGCACCAUGGCGGACGCACCAUGCAUCAUGAAAACGAAACUUUCAACAGCUGUUCACCACGCCCUGUUGAUCUACUUCUUUCGGUUUGUGCGAGCCACCAAUCCAACCAUUUUACAGCACUAUGUCGCCAGCAUCCUCACCAAUCUCGAGCAGUUCCAACAGGCCAAGACGCAGUACUAUCCGGGAUCGAGAAUAGGCACCAUGGUCUGGCCGAGCUUCAUUGCGGCCUGUGAAGCCCUCGAUCACGGUCUGCGAGGCAGAGCAAUCGCGUGUAUGAGGCACGCAGCGUGGGCAGGAUUCAAGAACGCUCACAAGGCCGAGGACGUGGUUCGAGAUGUCUGGCGGAGGCGUGAUGCUGGCGAACACGAUAUCCUCUGGAGCACCGUGAUUCGAGAGUCACGCACCAUCUUGUUAUUGACGUGA